AUGGACCCGCUACCGCCAAAGGCCGGCCAAAGCGCAGAGCCCGAGGUGGUUUUCGUUACUGAUCCAUGGGAAAAGACAUUUGUGAUUCCCAUCGAAGCAGCCAAAAAAUGGGAGGAUAUCUUGGCGCUCAUCUCCAACGCCCACUCCCAGCCAAGAGACGAAACACUGUGCCAGAAACUCUCCGAGGGAGCGUACGAUAUCACCGGCCCUGACGGCAGCGUGAUUCUUCCCCAGCUUUGGGCCUCUUUUGUCCGACCCGGCCUUCGCGUCACCAUCGCGCUGUGGGACCCACUGAGACCGCCGUCCCCUUCUCUUCGGUCCGCCCCGCCCGCCGCCCCGUCUCGGCAAGCACCUUCGCGCUCGAACGCCAACGCCUCGGGGGUGAAUACCAUCCGAUCAUCCGUGGCCGGUAGCGGCGGCGAGCAAUCGCCCCAGCUCCGACACCGAAAGGGCCCGCCCGCGAAGGGCCCGCCCCGGGUUGGCCACCGCUGCCGACCCGGCCGCGAAGUUCCAUCGCGAGCGAAUCCGCAAGCUCGUCAGCCUACUCGCCGGUUAGGCCACCGCGCAACAGUUAUCGCGACGCCGCCCAAGGGCGUCGAGCCGGGGAGUCCUCCUGUGGCUCCUGAAUCUGAGCUCGUCAUUGCCCUGAGCGAUCCCCGUGGCGAGGCCGCGCGCGCGCUGGAGGAGAGCUAUAAUGAGUCGUCUGGCGACGAGCUUCCAGCCUCGAAAAGGCCUGUUCCCAAUAGGCGCGGGGCCAACGUCAAGUCCGGCACAGGGGCUGGGGGUGGGCCUCUGCAAAAGGUGGCACAUUCGCCUCGGAGGCCUGUAGAGAUUCAAGGCAUGACGGUGAAGGAGUUUAGGGAAGCGCGAAUCUAUCUUGACGAGACUGAGAGUACAGGGUCCCGGAGCAUCUCGCUGAUAGAGACGACCGACGUAACAAAAGAUUCGGCCCCAAAGAUGGGAUCCUCGCGACGGCUCAAGUGCAUUCACGUUAGUAGAGACGUACUGAACCUUGACGAGCUAGAGGAAAUCGCUCUACACGAUAGCAACAUGUUUGACCCAAGUACAGACGGACACGCAAUCGCGGCAACACGCCUACUUUUAGAAAAGUUCCGUCGGCAGACCUUCUCCAGAUCAGACGGCACAGUCCUGUCCACAAGCUUUCCCGGCCAUGGAAUCCCGGGGGCAGCCAAAGACAACCGCGCAUCAGCGACCCUGAUAUCAGUGCCCCUGCUCUACGUCGAUACACUGCACGGGGGCGGCGUCGCGAAUGGCAAAUUUGUCCGUACGUCAGGAAGGCUGCACGAGGUGUUUAACAUGCGCAACAAGUCGCUCGAGAGGGACAAAGCCCAGGCGCUGAUCGUGGCGUCGCCGCCGGGAGUUGAGGAGAUUAUCUGGGUUGGAUACGUGUGGAUCUUGGCUGUUGAUGGCUACGGAAUCAUAACAUACGGCUCGCAGCACGCAGAGCAUCUCUUGGAGCAAAAUAUGGCCCAACAACUCAUGAGCUCCCCAUCGUCCAUCCAGAGCCCCAAGGUGGAAGUGACCAAUGCCAAGGGCCAUCGCAUCGAGUUACCACUGAAGCGGCUUAGCAGUUUCUUUGUGCUUCGGCAAAUUAUCGAGGAAGAAAACGCACGUCACGGUGAACACGAAAUUUACGGCUGGCGGCUACGCAGGGGCGGCAGCAUUACGAUUCGUCUCAAAAGGCUCAACCAUGCACGAAAAACGGCUUUCCCGAGCGGGACAGUAGCCACGACAGGCCAGAGUGGACUCCCAGAAGGGGAAGAGGAGUCGACAGAAAUUGUUGACUCUAGCGGGGGUAGUCUGGAUGACACGGCAGUCGAAGAUGGGGAUGUGAAGACUCCCACAGGGAAAAUCUCAAAGAAGGCCAAACCGGUGGCGGAGAAACAAUACCUAUCUUUUAACAUGCGCGGCCUUGACUCAUCCAUCGCGCCCUUCGGCGUCUCGCCCUCCGAGACUAGCCCGCCGCCCUCGCUGGAUACGAACCGCGAGGUAGAGUUCGAAACAAGCGAGAAGGAGACCACACUCCAUAUGCGGAGUCUAAACCUCCACAGAAUCAUGGCUUCCCUUAAGGCCGACCCCAGUUUCGUCAUUGACAGUCUAGCACAAGAGUUUCCGAACAUCGAUUUAGACUUGAGUGUUACAACAAAAGCUGCCAAGGAAUCUCUGGAUAUCCCGAGACUUCCGCUUCGCGCGCGAAAACUUGCCAUGGAUUUCGGACAGGCGGCCAUCACAACCCUAGAGAUAUUCACGACAAAGGAUCCCGCCAAUCCUCUGAUGAAGCACUGCGAAGACUCCAUAGCACGGAUGCUACAGGCAUCCAUAAUCUCAACACCAGCCAUCGAUCCCAAAACAAGAUGGAUCCUACGCCCCCGUAUCUCCGAUAUCGUCGGCGUCGACAACAUCAAGGGCCCGACCGACCCAGCGAGGUGCAGGAGAUGCAGCGGAGGGCGCAUCUACCCGUCUCGCGUGGACGCCCUGCGCCACCUUCAAAAGAGGCACACGCUGAUCUCCACCCCGCUACACAAGCUCGAAGCCUGUCUCGUCUCGCUCGCGGAAGCCGGGCCCGCCACCCUCGACGCCGAGUAUGUCGGCACUCUGGACCUGCUUCGUGACACCAUGGCCCGCUUGUGCGAACGCUCUUUCCAGAUCCAGCUCGUUAUAGCCGAAGUACAGCGCACGACCGGCGAGUUGCCGCCCCGCGUCCCGCUCCACCGAGCCGUGGCCGCGCUGGCGCUCAUCUAUGCCUACAUCAUGGCCGUACCGCUCCUUCUCGACGAGAUUGAGAAGCACUACGUGCACGACGUGCACUUGGAGGACGCAAAGUAUCUUGAAUUGCCGUGGAAGAUCCGGUAUAAACGUGUUGUAGUGGAAAAGGUUGGCAUGGCUGCGCGCAAUUGUGUCAAAGCGGCCGGGGACGCCCUAGACACCCCUCUACACAUUCGUCAGGCGCUGAACGGGGUCAGGCGGUACGAGCCGGUCGGUAUGACUACGCUAGCUGCGAGGAUGCUGUCGAACCUGGUGCAGGAUAUCACGCAUCGAGGAAGGUCCGUGUCUGAUAUCUACGAAGCAUGUUGUGAAGACUGGAGCAGCGAAGUUCUCACCCGCGCCAUGAAACCCCAAGUCCUCGCCAUCGGCGCCUUCACCGACGAAGUCCGCAAGCUCAAAAACCGCGCCAAGGAGCGGCGCCAGGACAAGCGCAGCCUAGAGGGGCGGAUGAUGCGCACCGCGCGGAAAGAGCUGCAGGAAAGAGUGGCGCUGUACAACGCGACGCUGGAGCGGUCGGCGCACCUGGUGAGCAGCGUCCGCGAACUCACCGAGAUCAUGCGCGACAAGGACAACAAGGCCGUCGUCCUCUUCACGCUCAUCACCGUCAUCUUCCUGCCCCUCAGCUUCGUGGCGUCGUACCUGAGCAUGAGCGACGGGCCGGCCGGGGACGACUGGGACGGCGUGCAGGGCCUGUUUUGGAAGACGGCGGGCCCGCUCGCCGCGGUGAUUGGCGUGUUCUGCCUGCUCGUGUCGUGGAACGGGAGCACGGUGCAGGCGGCGAGGCGGUGGACGCGGAGGGCGGUUGGGAAGGACCGGUCCGUGACUCUCCUCCGCCAACGCCGGGUUGUCGGCGUCCAAUGUCAGCGUCGCCCACGGUCAGGUCACAACCGCAGAUCUCUACCUCCCUUCAUUGGGGGCUCGCCCUCGUUUAUGUCCAGCUUCAAGGCGAGCGUCGUAGCCACAGAGGGCCAAAACACCGUGUUCGCUUUGAGCUGCACAGACGGCCCCUGCAACCCCGUGGCCGGUGGCACCGGGACCUUGACGUUUACCGGCGGUCCUCGAACAUACCAUUACUCGGGAACAUUCGGCAGCUUGACAAUGGAUUGGCACUGCUCGCUAGAAGGCUGCCCCUCAGCUACUCUGGCGGAGUGCACGACCACCAGGGUCCUUGACGGUUCCACGUCUGUUGAGACCGGCCGUCCUGAAGUUCCAACCAUCCUGCCGCUCUUGUUGGAACAAGAAGUAUCACCAGCAGCUGACGUUGCCUGCGGUCCGGUCGAGGUUGAGCCCACGGCGUCUGCUGAGCCUACGGCCAUUGCACCUACCGCUACGAGGACGAAGCCGCCGAGCCCUCCCCAGAUUACCCGGGAGCCUGGUGAAGAUGAAGAUGACGAGGAUGACGAUGAGGACGACGAGGAAGAUGAUGAGGAUGAUGAAGAUGAUGAUGAGGACGACGACGAUGAUGAUGAUGAUGAUGACGACGAUGAUGAUGACGAUGACGAUGACGAUGAGGACGACGACGAUGAUGAUGAUGAUGACCAUGGCCAUGGACUCUGGCCCGGCUUUGGCAAGCACCCUGGCUUCGGCAAGCGUCCCGGCUUUGGAAGGCCCCUAAAUUCGGAAAACCCCCGGCUUUGGCAAGCCCCCGGUUUCGGCCCCGGAAAGGGCUUCGGUCCUGGAAAGGGUUUCGGCCCCGGCAAAGGUCUCAGCGAAGAGGACGUCCCCGAGAACAGCUCCUCCGACAGCGGCCCCGGCACCUCUUCCGGAAAUAACGGCGGCGCGGCAUCCCCGAGCGGGCCCGUCAGGGUCUCUGGGGCCGUGUUGCCGUCCACGUCUAGCUGGCUCGUAACUGUCGCGCUGGUGGGGGCUAUCGGUGCUGCGUUGUAG